AUGGCCAUUGAAAAACUUGCAAUAUUUAUUAUUGAAAGUUACAACGAUGAAUUAAUGAUAUCUAAAGCUUGCCAAUGUUAUAACCUAGUUAUUUUUAUGCAUACCAUUCAUAUUAAUUCUUCAAAGCAACAUAUAAGCAUAAAAAUCUUAGACACCUCUAUACUGAAAAUACUAAAUGAAAUUAAUAGAAUUUUAGAUCAAUAUUAUAUUCCAAUUGAAAAUUAUUGUGAUUACAAUUAUGAUACUAAUAUAAAUAAAGAAAACAUUUUUAACAUGAAGCCUUUAAAUUUAAAUAAAGAUGGUACUGGUAUAGAAAAUUUAACAUUAUUUGCAAAUCAUUUAAAAAAUUUAGUUAUUAUGAACCAUUCUAUUUUAUUUUAUCACAAUCAUCAGACGAUAUAUAUACAAAUCCCCAUUUUGAGGGUAUUAAAACUUUUUUUCAAUGUGACAAAUUAUAUUGAGAAGGAAAUUUUAUUUAAAAAACUGAAUAGUUCCAAAAAAAUUAAAUUACCAUUACACAAUGUCAGUUGCUUAAAGGCUCAUUUUGAAAAUGAAGAUUCUGAAAUUGAAUUAAUAACUCCCACUGUAGUAUCCAUAUUAUUGCCUAUGAUAAAGGAUCUUUUAAAAAUCGUCGGUAAUAACGCCAUACCUUACACUGAUAUUAUAAUGGAAAGAAUAAUCUUGCCAAUUGUCAAAUUUGGUAAUCUCCUAAUCAAACAUAAAAAUUCUCAGAUCUCAUCUACCAUACAUGCCGAUUUAAAAUUGGGAGAUGCCUAUGCAUUUAAUUCUUUUAUAACCCAUCAAAAAAUCUUUUCAACCUUCAUUACUGCACUCAUUGAAGGUUUAAACCAACUUGUUAUAUCGUUAGGUGCUCAUAUCCACUUGAAACAAAAUGAAUCUGAAUCACUACUGGAAAUUAUAAUUUUUGCCUUAACCAAAAAAAGUAAUAAGGAAGAGCAAAGAAGUGAAUCCAUGUUUGAUAUUCAGGCCCAAUGCAAUGUUUUACACAAGGGAUUGAUACUAAUAGAGUCACUAUUUUUGCAUCUUAACACAAACCCACUCGAAAAUUCAGAUUUAGUUAAAAAAGUGUUUGACAUUUUAAUGAAACCGAAAGAUCUCCCAAAUACCAUAUCUUUUAGUGAUUGCAAUAACCAAUCCACGCCUACCAAAUUGUACAUGAAAUGCUUGAUGGCUUAUAUAAUGUCUUACCCUUACCUGUCUCAGAAUGUAUUGAAUUAUGUUCUAGAUUGUUUUGAUAAAACAUCUUUGCUCAGUGAUUUAUUAAUAUCUUCGUUUUCGAAAAAGAAUUUGAUUAUAAUCGAUUCAAUUCUUCAUCCUAAAAUCCCCGUUAUACCACGAUCUUGUCUGGUAGAUGACGAAAUCGACAACAAAAUGCAUAACGUUGAUAAUAUAGAAAAAAUAAACGGAAUCCAAAACAACAAACACUUUACACACAAGGAAAAGUGGCUUGAUGAUAAAAUUAUAAUAGAAAAAAUGGACGAAGAAAUUAUUUACGUAAAUAAAUUGAAUGAUGAUGCCAGCGAUAUAAACAGCUUAAAUCAAAAUAAUAAAGUAGAUCUAAAUUCAUUUACUCCCCACAAGGAUUCAAAGUGCUUGAAAUUUGAUUUUGGAUCUGAUAAUAAAAUCAAAGAACCAAUUAGUAACAAUUUAUCAGAAAUUUUCAGUUCAUUUGUUGCUCAAAGUAGUUCAGAUGAAGAUAUCGGUUGA